GGAAAGCUUUUCCCGCCCCCCGAAGCGCUAACCGAUGGCUGUGCGUGAAACAAAUUCCAUUGAUGCUGUAAUGACUAGUCUCCUCCAGCAAAAGAGAGAGAGAGAAAGAGUAUAAACCCGUACCAAAAUUUCUGUAGGUUUUUCGAUAGUCUUCAUGCAGCUAUUCUGCUCGAGUGAACUAUCUUCUCGUAAAUAAAUCUAUCAAGAAAAAAAAAUACAAACUGUUUCGUUUUCUCAAAUGUUACAUUUGUUUCACUUCUGUAUUAUGCUAAACUAAAUUGAUAUUAUUUGUUCUCGUUCUAGGCAAACGGCAACGAGAUUUGUUAAAACUAAGAAACAGCCUAACCGAACUGGACCGUUUCAAUCCAGAGGAGAAAAGUUACACUAGGCAAAUGAUUCUCGAUAAAAUCAAAAAGGUAUAUUCCCAUCAACCACGUGCGUUACCAUCCAGUUCCGGAGAACAUGAACACGAGGAGAACCUCUCAGAAGAGAAGCUGGAAAUAGAGUUUGUCGAUGAGACCGACGUUCUCGCCAUGGCGGCAGCCGUUUCUCAACAGAAACAACGAGAACGGAUCGGUCAGUUGGCCCUGGUAAGAGGAUUCAAUUUUCCCAUAGCUGACGAGGAUACGGUAGAGUUGCUUGAGGCUACCGUGAAUGUUGAUAAACAGGUGCGGGAAGACUAUAUUAAUUAUUUGAAAGCAAACAAGCCCCCAUCGGCUGGGAUCGUUAGCAUAUUCCAUCACUUAUUCCGGGACGAAGCCAUGUACAGUUACAAUUACUCCGGGAUCUGUCAUCGGGGCCCCGGUCGGAAGGCAAUGCAAAAUUAUACAAUCUUCGGUGAUUGUAUGUUGGGUUAGUUGUUGGAAUUACACCUGGCGGCGUCCGGCGAACCGGCUUGUCGUUUUGAAGUAACACUAACUGUUUUUCCAAAAAAAUUACAGAUGCCUGGAAAGAUCAUGGAAUCAGUCGGACGAUGCUGAAGGAAAGUCUCUGUCAGGCAAUUAAAAAUAUCAAUGGACGCAAGAGGAAUCGUAAAUAUUUUGCUAAACGACGGAUCAAGGACCGUGGCGAUAAAUUCGAUAAGUUUGAUGGCUAAAUAGAAAUACGUACGAGUACUUGGAUGACUUUCGAGAUUCCUUGGAAUUUGAACGGAAGUUUUUCAGAAUAAUAAGCUAACUGAUGACUUUAAUAUUGGAUAUUUUAGAAACGAAAAAUUUCUAUUUGAUUUCGUAAAACUAAGCGUAAUAUUCUUCGUGAAAAUUGAGGGAAUUAGAUCCGAACAGUAAUAAAAAAAAACUUACAAACAACAUUAAACGCGCCUUUCUGUUGACAUUUUACUGUCUCUCUGUGUCUCUAAAACCAUAAUAUCCGAGUGCUGGCAUCUCCCACUAACACCGAUUUUCCAUUCCAUUUCUCAGCAACGACAGCAGCAGCAGCGGCCCUGGUGGCAAACCUGAUGGAACCGACAAUCAAAAUCGAAGAGGACAGCGUUGAGUUCGAUGGGUAUGCUUUCUAUUCGGAGCCGAAUGUAAAAACCGACGACAGCAGCUGUGAUGACAAAAGUAAAAUUCUUGGACUGCGCCCGAAACGUUCGGCAACGAAACUCAACAUUGCCGAUCUGUUUCAAAUCUCGAACGUCUGUACCCAGAAUCGGAAUCUGCUGAAGCAACCGUUUCCAAUACAGUCGGUCAACGAGCUGAAUGAACUGGACACUCUGCUGCUGGGCAAUCCGGGCUACAUGGAAAAAUGCGCACAAAUGUUACACAACGCUGUACGUAACGAAACGCUGGACAACGUUACCGGCCAUAUGCGACUGCUGCUGGAAUUUGCGGUGGACUAUACCGUGCUUCUGAAGUACAGUUGGUUCGGAUUUUUGCCCCGAUCACCGAUUGCCAGAGGAAUGGGUGAACAGCAACCGUUUCGGAAUUUGAUUGGGGUGAUACAUUUGCUGCAUCGGGCCCGGCGCCUUCGGUUCGGCAAAUGUAGCCUGGAAGAGAUACACGAGGGUAUCGAAAAGUUUCUCAAACGGAAGCUCCGUUGCCAUGCGCUGUUCGUGAAGAAACAGAACUACGUCGUGCAGGGAUCGGGAUAAAUUAUGCCAAAAUAGAAAGAAAUUGAUAUACAAAAUCCAUAGUCAUAGUUGUAGAGGAAGAAAAAGAAGAAGAAAAACGAACACGUCGUGCACAAACUAUGCUUACGAAAUGCAUUAGUCUACUGUAGUUAACACGACAGUAUUAUACUCUUACUUGAAUGAUAUUAUUCUUGAAGAUAUGUAAAAUACCUACCUACUGAAAAGGUGCUUGAGAAGCGCUAACAACCUAGUCUAGUCAACCAAAAACCAACUAGGACGAAGGGAAAUCGACGGGGGGUGCAUAUUCUAGCAUAAGCGAUAUAUAUAUUUUAUGAUGUUUAUUUAGCGAAUUGAUACAAUUUUGUAAAUACUUGAAAGCGUUAAGAUUUAUGUGAAUUACUAUAUAUCAAGAAUUUUAAGAGGCUUCUCACGCAAUUUCAACCCGUUCUAUUCUCUAGUCAGGCGCAGAUAUAGUUCGGUAGUUCAGUAGAUCAUAUUUUAGCUUGAAUUUUCUCUUGCAAUCAAUUGCCAAAGCACUAGUAUCUCUAUAUUUAAGUUUUUAUCGUAUUGCGAGCUAAUCUAUGAAAAUUAAGCAUAAUGACACUAUAAGCUCGAUUUAAAAACUCUAUGUGCCAAACAUCGAACGCAGUAUUGGGAUUAGACUGUGUCUUUUAGAAUCUUUUAGUAGUUCCUUGUUUGCAUUUCGAUACCCAAAAAAAAUGUCAUGAAUUAGAAAUCUUAUUGGACUUAUCACAUGGUCUUUUGUCGUACUGUAUUGACAAUAGAUGUUGUGAAAGUGAGUCAUUUGAAUUUAGGAAUCAGCAAGGCUCAAGUUGGCACUAUUCCCACAUCAUUCGGAGGUAUAUUCCGUUCCAAGGAUGUUCAUAGUAGUCGCUGAUACAAACAAUCGCUACUAGAACACCAUUGUUGUUGUUGCGUUGUGACGGUGGUGUUGACGGAAAUCCACAAUUAUAUCAUGUUUUCUGCUGUUGCUUAGGGAAUACUAUUCGGAAUUAAUGUUAGUUUUUUUGUCAUAAGUGUAAAAAAAUUAGAACGUACAGACCAGUGCGGUAAAGUUUCAUUUUCAAUCGAAUAAUAUAAGAUGAAAAUGAAAUUUAUGGCCGCUGACAGUCAGCAUAUCCCUACUAAUUCAUUUGACUUUUGCUGCCAUUUUCAAGUUGAAUAAUCGUACCUAGUCAUUUGAAGUUUUGCUUGCUCAGUUUCAAGUGCCAAGUAGUAUAGCUGCUUCAUUGUCUUCGAUCUUGGUAGUAAGCAGAUUCGAACGAAUAGAAUUAUAAAUGGAGUAAAGUAUUAAAAAUGAAAACUGAACUAUCUGAUUAGUCUUUCAUCUAUUUUCUUGAACCAAUUCGAAUGUUUACAUAAACCUCAUUUGAAGGCCGCUCUCACACUAUUGAAAGAGAUAUCUUGUCAUUUCAAGAGAUCAACUGACGGUGGUUAAACUGAGCCUCGAUUGAAGAGAAACGAGUGAUGAAUUGAAUGCUGCCCAAUCAGGCCGUCAGCAAACAUUGUGUGUGUCAGAGAGCGAAAUUUACUGCAUUAGAGAGAUCGUCAAUGUGUUCCACAAUCAGUUUCAAUUGAAUUGAAUGAAGUUUUACAGCACUGAGUAGAAUUCAAUACUGAUAUCAGCUUCCAGUUUAAUACAGCUGCUCUCACUCACUUGGUACGUGAGAGCCUUCAGAUUCAAAAUUGUUCAUGAAAGUUUCGAAAUAGAAAAAAAAAGUUUCGAAAUAGAAAAAAAGUAUUAGAAUUGCAUGGAACGUGUCAUCUAGAAUUUUUUUUUUAAAUCGACUUUGUGGGACUAUCAAAAUAUCAUAUAUAAAAAUUUUCCUAAGUCCCAGAAAGUCACUUUUUUAGAUAACACUAAAUCUCGACGUUUCGUGCAAUUUUAAGAUUUUUUACAUCAAAAAAAAAUUUUCGAUUUCGGAAAUUCCCCCCCCCCCCUAUGGUGCUUUUUUAAGAUCGACAGUUUUCAAACUUUAACCGCUGGGUAGGACCCCUUACCCAUGUCCGAUUUGGCUCAAAUUUUGCAUGAGGACUUUUUCCGAGGUGCUUAAACUUUUUAACAAUAGCGCUUUACGAAAUUAGAAGUGAUCCCAAAAUAUUGGCACCCUCAUAUACGUUAGAGCGGUGAAAAACGACGUGUUUUGUCGGUUACGUCAUUUAUACCAUUAUAGCUCCGGAAUCAAAAGUCACAGCCAUUUGAUCUUUGAACUUGAUCAAUGGCCCGACAGUAGCUUUCAAACGAGCAUAGGUUUGUCAUCUCUGAGAAAAUUGAGCGCGUAUAAAUAUCUUCGAAAAGUGCACACACACAGACAUUUUCCGAUCUCGUCGAGCUGAGUCGAAUGGUAUAUAACACUAUGGGUCUCCGAGGCUCCGUUCAAAAGUCGGGUUUUCCAGCAAUUCUAAUACCUUUCUUUAGAGAAAGGGAAAAACAAACGGAAGUUAUACAUUUGAGUGCAUUUUUUGCUAUCUCGACAAGCCGAUUCGAAUGGUAUAUGACCGAACCGGCCGAACCUGAACCAAAGAACCUAAUUCUUUUCCAAAUUCUAGUUCCAACGCCCAAGUUUCGAAUUCGAUUCAUACACGCAGGUUCUGAACCUGAAUCCUGGAAAUGGAUUCAAAAACUGACACUGAAUUCAGCUAGAAAAUUCUGGAACUGAAUUCAUGGAUUGAAUUCUGAUUCAGAAGUCAGUUCCACAAUUUAAGUGCGGAGUUCAGAUCCAAAAUGCAGAUAUAAAAUUCAUACACUGAGGUCUUUUUAUGCGGUUUUUUUACCCGAUUUUUUUUUCACGCGGAUUUCCUAAGUUACGCGUUUGAUCUGGUGUUAACCCAAUUUUCUUUAAGUCAACUCUGACACUUAGAAAAUUUUCGAUAUAUUUUUUUUAGAUUACACUAGAUCUCGACGUUUCAUAAAUUUCUAAGGUAUUUGGUAUCAAAAAUUUUUUUUACUCGAUACGUAUCCCCCGCGUAAAAAGAGACCUCAGUGUAUUCUGUAUCUUAUUCUAGAAUUCCGAAUAAAUUAAGGUAAUCUAGCUCUAGAUUACCGAAUUAGGAUUCAUUUCCAGACUUUUAGUAUUAUCUAUUAAAUCUAUAUUCUGGACCUAAAUUCUGGAAUAGAAUUCUGAAACUAAAUUAAAUUAAGUUCCAAUCGAGGAUUGGAACUCAGUCAGUUUCAGGAUUCAUGGCUUUACACUACGCAGAAGGUCUGUUGCUGUUGGUGGACAAGAAAAAAUGAUCGAUUUUCGACCAUGGUACACCUUUUCUACUCGUACAGUUGAACAUCGCGACUGAGACUACCUCAAAACCGUCGUCCGAGUGCGAAAAACGACAAAAAUGCGUGAUGAGUUUUCCUCACUGUUUCCAAAAGUUUGAGAAAACUCGCAUUGUUUACCACACAAAUUUAGUCAUAAAUUACUCAUUCCUUUCACAGGGCGAAUUUGGAAAAGGCUGCCAUAGUAAAGUAAAACGUAUACACGUCAAAAAAUAUUACAAUAAUCUCAUCGACCACACCAUUCCUGUCAAAUCCGGAAUCUAAUUGCGAUUAUCUCCUAGUUCUCUGUAAUCACCAACUUGACACACAAAAGAUCAGUAAUGAUAAAGAGACUCCAAUCUAAUUGAAUACAAGUCAUGUUUUUAAAUUUUUCUUUCCGAUCACCUGUUUCCAUACGAAAAGUAAAUAAAAAAACACAUCUACUCAGCAUAGAAUCACCAAAUAAUUACAAUCAUGAAUAGACUUUAUUUAUUACCUCUGCUACAAAAACUAGCAAAUACAGGGUGAUUUUUUAAGAGCUUGAGAACUUUUUUAAACAAUAAAACGCAUAAAAUUUGCAAAAUCUCAUCGGUUCUUUAUUUUAAACGUUAGAUUGGUACAUGACAUUUACUUUUUGAAGAUAAUUUCAUUUAAAUGUUGACCGCGGCUGCGUCUUAGGUGGUCCAUUCGGAAAGUCCAAUUUUGGGCAACUUUUUCGAGCAUUUCGGCCGGAAUAGCCCGAAUUUCUUCGGAAAUGUUGUCUUCCAAAGCUGGAAUAGUUACUGGCUUAUUUCUGUAGACUUUAGACUUGACGUAGCCCCACAAAAAAUAGUCUAAAGGCGUUAAAUCGCAUGAUCUUGGUGGCCAACUUACCGGUCCAUUUCUUGAGAUGAAUUGUUCUCCGAAGUUUUCCCUCAAAAUGGCCAUAGAAUCGCGAGCUGUGUGGCAUGUAGCGCCAUCUUGUUGAAACCACAUGUCAACCAAGUUCAGUUCUUCCAUUUUUGGCAACAAAAAGUUUGUUAGCAUCGAACGAUAGCGAUCGCCAUUCACUGUAACGUUGCGUCCAACAGCAUCUUUGAAAAAAUACGGUCCAAUGAUUCCACCAGCGUACAAACCACACCAAACAGUGCAUUUUUCGGGAUGCAUGGGCAGUUCUUGAACGGCUUCUGGUUGCUCUUCACUCCAAAUGCGGCAAUUUUGCUUAUUUACGUAGCCAUUCAACCAGAAAUGAGCCUCAUCGCUGAACAAAAUUUGUCGAUAAAAAAGCGGAUUUUCUGCCAACUUUUCUAGGGCCCAUUCACUGAUUUGCAAGCGUUGCUCGUUAGUAAGUCUAUUCAUGAUGAAAUGUCAGAGCAUACUGAGCAAAUAAUAAUGCAUGAAAAUCAUAACCUCAAAAAAAUCACCUUUUACAAUUUGAGCUGCAAUGCACUGAUGAGUCAAAGACGAAACGUAAACAUAUUGAAAACGGUUGGGUCCUAGCACAAAAUUUGGCUAACCCCUGAAAGUGUCAAAAGUCUUGUUCGGAAAAAUUUUGGCGUGAACGAAAAUGUUACGCACACGCUUACUUCGAUCACUCAACAAUUGUCAAAUGAAUGAAUAUUUGAAACAUUGAGAGAAAAGUGCAUUGCACAGUAUUGUUGGAGAUGCCAUUUAAAACACUCAAUUGUCUCUCAUAUAUAGAGAGAGAAAAAGAUAUUCGAUUGUGUUGUCAUGAAUAAGCUCAUGAUAAUAAAAGUAAGGAUUUUCUUUUCGUUCGGUAGUAUUUCUGGUUUUAUCGACUGUUGAAUAGGAAAUGGCAGUUAAUUUGACGUCGCUGGAAAUCUUCGCUGCGCUGGUCUCGCAACGAAUUGCAGAUUAAUGCAGUGACGACAAACAUCGAUGAAUGUAUCGUCUUUGGUUUCAAUUCCUAUUCAGAAAUUAUCAUUAAUUCUCAGAUCAAUUUGUGCUAAUCAGAAUUCUAAGCAAAAUUACAGGGUAUAUAAGCAUUUAUUCGUAGUAAUGAAAGCUCGAUUUUUUACUGUUGUAUGAUUCGCCGUUCUUCGAAAAACAGCUGUUAUAAUGUAUUUCGAUAAAUCGGCUUCUAAGAGCAAAUUCAGCAGCUGCAAGAUUCAUAUGGGUGGUCUAUAAUGUAAAUAAAACUGAAACAAACGAAUCCCCAGCAAUCCGUUUUAGUUUUAUUUAUUCGACCAGUUCUACUGUCUUCUUCUUCUUCUUCUUCCUUUCUGUUUGGCGUCAACUCAUUUGAGAUGACGCCGAAUUGAUGGCACAGCAACUAAGGCUAUAUUGCCAGUUAAUUUUCGUUUAUAGUCCAGUGGACUUUCUUUUCACUUGACUACAAGCGAAAAUCUCGCUGCGUGGCUGCGUCGAAUCGUCAAAGUACGGCUGAAAAUCCUUUCUUUCUUGCGAAAUACUCGAAUUUUCCCCGGACUAACACGAUGCAACGUGCUCACCCGUUGAGAGUUUCACCGGAAGUGAGUUCUACUGUCAAAUUUAAAACUGGUAUACACUGCCGUUCUAUUUUUUCUAUAUUUGAAACACAGAUAAAACGCUGCUGGGGCUGCCAGAUUAUUUUGUUAUAAUUUCUAGAUUUAAAUUUUAAAACUGACAUAAAUUAUGCAUCUAGAACUAGAACACUCCUGAACAUGCCCUAAGAGCAAAUUCAGCAGCUAGAAGUUUUAUAUGGAAGAUCUAUAAUAGAGCAGAAACUGGAACAAACGUAUCCCCAGCAAGCCGCUCUAGUUUUAUUUAUUCGACCAGUUCUCCUGUCAAAUUUAAAACUGGUCUACGAUUCCGUUCUAUUUUUUUGUAUAUUUGAAACACGAGUAAAACACUGCUAGGGAUGCCAGUUUUUCUUGUUAUAAAAUUCAGAUUUAAAUUUAGUAACUGGCAUAAAUUAUGCAUCUAGAACUAGAACACUACUGAAUAUGCCCUAAAGCUAUACCACUGCUCAUUUAAGUUUUACCACUUAUUAAAAAUAUUCUGUCAGAAUUUUUUUGUCUAGUUUUCGGAAGCAACCCAGGAACCUAAAAUCGAGAUUCAAAGGCAGAUAGAUGAGCUAAUUCAAGCGAGACAGAUUGUUCCGAAAUAAUGUUGGCAGAGGAUAAGCGACUCCACCAAAGUCACUCCAAUGUUUAGUUAUUACGACGUAAACUCGAAGGCACAAAACAGUCGGAAAAAUGUUCCUUCUUAAGAGAAACUAUUGUAGUCACAGUCACAAACAAAUAAUGUGCCAUAUUUACACGCCCUCGACGAUUUCCCAAGCAUCUCGAAUAGUCCAUGAUAAAAUGAGUGUUUAUUUCUUAUUUUAAAAAUUAUGAAAAUCAUUGAAGAAUAAAGUUCAACUAUGCAACCAUAAUAUCGAAUCACUUCUU